GGUGAAGGUGUUCUUGCCAUUUGGAAUCUGAAUGGGUGCUCUUUUGUCCCGGCGUCACAGAAACAGCCUGAGGCACAAGAAGGAAAGGUUUGAGGGUAAAUACUGCCAGCUGGAGCUGUUGAAGGAGGGAACUCGAUCCUCCGUUUACGCUGGCUACAAACGCGCCAACAAGACUGCGGUUGCCAUCAAACGUCUGCCUAAUUUCAUCCACUUCCGAAACACCAAAGUGAAGCACGAGGAGGUGAACGUGCUGCAGCGGCUCUCCAGUGGAAGACGAAGGACACCGGGGAGGAAUCUGUUUCUCUCUCUUCUGGAUUACUACGACCUCGGUGAUGAGCUCAUCCUGGUUCUGGAAAGCCCUGUUCCCUCUGUGAAUCUGCGGGAUUACAUCGUGGGGAGGGGGGCUCUGCCCGAAGAUGAGGCCAAACUCCUCUUCAUGCAGCUUGUGCAGGUGGCGCUGUCGCUCCAGAUGAAAGGCAUCUGCCACCGGAACAUCAACAGCGACAACAUCUUGAUCGACACUAGCACAGCUGACGUAUGUCUGAGGUUGAUCGGCUUUGGUUCGGCCUGCUUCACCGGUGUGACCAACAAACACGCAAACUACCAAGGCACUCCGGCCUAUAUCCCCCCUGAGGUCUUCCACUGUGGCAUCUACCAACCCGGCCAGAUCACUGUCUGGCAGAUGGGUGUGGUUCUGUAUGAGAUGAUCCACGGUGACAUGACAUUUGAGACCUUAAGGUUCCUGAACAAGCAACUGAAAAUAGACGACCGUUUGUCUUCGGGCUGUAAGGAUGUAUUACACAAGUGUCUUGCUGAGGAACCAGAAGAGCGUCUCACACUGGAUCAACUCAACUUCCACUCCUGGAUGGCAUGAAUUCAAGAGGUUUACAUCUAUUAUCUUGCUGUCUGUUGACCUGGAGGUUCUUUAUCCUGCUUGUCCGGUCCCAAUUCUAGACGCUGAAGUGGACUCACCAGCGAUUUAACUUAACUAUGGGCCCGAUAACUGCAUAGAUUUAGGAAAUGGCUUUUGGCGUUAAACUUCCAGAGAGGCGUCUGAUUGGCUCUUUCAAAUACAUCUCUGGAAUGGACUGACCAAGACCCAUGUCUAGUCAAAUCUAGUAGGGUUCUGGGAAAGACGGGUGAGAGAGUGCCCCGUGAAUUCGCUUGAUGAGGAAGUGGUUUUGCUGAAACAUAAAAUCCCAUACAACAGUCAAUACGUCCUUCUUAGUUUGUUCAUGCAACGCUGACAAUGAACUACGGGGGAGAUUUUACGUUGCCUAUCCUUGAGUGAAGUCAUCAAACAGGACAAUCCUUAUGUAGCCAUUAGCUCAUGGGUUGAACUGGAACAGGCAAGUGAGGGAUGAAAGACUUGUUGUUCAGACAGCAGGACUGAGACGUACAACGUACUGAGGGCAGCACUUUAUUCAUCCGCAGUCGCACACCUUUUAAAUAAGUGUUUUGUCGAGAUUAAAUACAAAAUAAAUA